AUGCAGAUAUUCCCAGAAAGUGUGCGGAAACUUUGGAAUGAAUGGGAGCUGCGCUUGAUGGUUCUACUAAGCCUUUUCCUACAAAUCGUCCUAAUCAUCUUUAGCAACCGACGAAAGUACACAGUCACACCCUGGAUCAGAAUCCUGAUUUGGUCGGCCUACUUGUCCGCAGACUGGGUGGCGACAGUAUCCCUCGGUACCCUCUCAAACAGCCAAGGAGAUUCGGAAGGGAAACUUCUGGAUCCAAACUAUACCCUCAUGGCAUUUUGGGCGCCAUUCCUUCUCUUGCACCUUGGUGGUCCGGACACUAUCACGGCUUACUCCUUAGAAGAUAAUGAGUUGUGGUUAAGGCACUUGCUUGGACUAGUUGUCCAAGUUGGAGUGGCUUUCUACGUGUUUCUCAGGUCAUGGGCAGGAACUCCACUCACAUUUCUAUCCAUUCCAAUGUUUGUGGCUGGAAUUAUCAAGUAUGGAGAGAGGACUUGCGUUCUGAGGUCUGCAAGCAAGAAUCACUUUAGAGAUUCUUUGCUUCCAGUUCCUGAUCCUGGACCUGAUUAUGCUUAUUUGGUGAUGAGAUAUGGUUCAUGGGAAGGGAAAAUGGAGAGUAAAAAGCCACUUCAAUCUACCGCUGGUGAUGACAUUACUAUUCCGGGUGGAAAAUAUAUUGAUAAAGCUUACUUCUUAUUCGAGAACCAAUUCAAGCAUCUAUAUGCAGACCUCAUCCUCAGCUUGGAUGACCAAAAAACCAGUGAGGGCAUCAUCAGGUACAUGUCAUCCGAAGACGCCUUCAAAGUGGUGGAGAUGGAGCUCAAUUUUAUGUAUGAUGUGCUAUACACCAAGGCAACAGUGAUUUAUUCUCUACUUGGCAUUCUGCUCCGUUCCACCAGCUUCUCCUUCACUAUUUCUACUUUAGCGGCCUUCCACUUCUUCAUCGAUAAGCACGAGUUCUCAAACAUUGACAUCGACAUUACUUAUUACUCUUUGGAGCUAUUUUUCUUGAGGUUUAUGCCCUCACUAAGCUGA